CGCCAGGCCGCGUUUCGCCGCGUCUCCGCCAACACGACGACUAGCUCGCGCUCCACGGGGUCGGGGUGGGCGCCGCACUCUCCGCAGCGCCCCUCCCCGACGAGCUCGCUCGGCCACGCCAUGGAUUCCGGCGCUGAAGAGGCCUUUCGCGCCGCCCGCAAGAAGGGCCGGUCCGCGUCCAUCUGCGCGCCGUCCUCCUCCUCCAUGGAGGCCGUGCUGACCAGCGCAGCCGCCGGCAGCAGCAGCAGCACCGCGGCCACGCCGACCGACCCCGGCACGCCGGGCACGCCGUCCACCAGCCGGCGCCGCCGCCCCGCCACGCGCUCGCACUCCGCGCGCAUCUCCGGCAACAAAUCGGUGCGCCGGCCCCGCCAGCAGGACCAGCCGGCCAUAGGCACCAUGCGCUCCGGCACGUCCGAGCCGCGCCUCAACCACCACGGCGACGGCUUCGGCGGGCCGCGCAUCGGGGACGUCGUCGGCGCGUCCGGCUCCAACACUCCAGAGAGCUCUCCGGGCGGCCGUCGCCGUCCCACGGGCGGCAGGCGAGCCACCUCCAUGCACCACGCCCACACCGGCACGGUCCACCGCGACCACCACCAGCAGCGCAAGUCCACGGCCUUCCUGGACGUGCCCGACGUGCGCGGCGCCCGCCAGCCGGACGAAGAUGAAGACUCCUACCGCCUGCGCUCCUUCAGCGCCACAUCCAAGGGCGUGGUGAACCGCGGAGACUCCUUCCGCCGCCGCCGCUCCCGCAGCAACUCCCUGCUGCCGUCCGAGGGCUUCUCCAUGGACCGCGGUGGCACCACACCGCUGCUGCGCUCCCCGGCCGCCCCCAUGUCCCCGGCCGCGCCCUACGCCAUCGCCAUGCCCGGCAUGGACGUGGUGACGCACCGGGUGGCCAUGCUGGGCGCGCCAGGGGUGGGCAAGUCCGCCCUCAUCUCCCAGUUCAUGACGUCGGAGUGCAUCAACGCCUACGACGGCAUGCGAGACGUGCCUAAGGAGCAGUCCGUGUCCAUCAUGCUCAACGGGGAGGAGUCUGAGCUACAGUUCGUCAACUACGGCACUCUCAAGGAACUGGAGGCGGGGCAGCCCUGCGCGGCGCUCGUCAUGAUGUUCUCCGUGGUGGACAAGUCGUCCUUCCAGAAGACCGAGAUGGACCUGCAGCGGCUACAAGAGCUGGGCAUGCUGCGGAACCGGGCCGUCAUCCUGGUGGCCAACAAGGUGGACCUGGCGCGCAGCCGCGCCGUCUCCACUCAGGACGGCAAGUGCCUGGCGUGCACCUACAAGGCCAAGUUCAUCGAGGUCUCGGUGGGCAUCAACCACAACGUGGACGAGCUGCUCGUGGGCAUCCUGACCCAGAUCCGGAUCAAGGCGACGCAGACGGAGCGUGAGAGCACCGCCCACUGGUACAAGAACCGGGGCAUGGUGCGCGCCUCCAUGAAGGCCAGGCAGAUGUUCACCUGGAUCUUCGGCCGGGAGGACAGCAAGUUCAAGAACUGUGAGAAUCUGAACGUGGCCUAGGAGGGUGUCGAUGAUGAGACAGUGAUGGCGGAGCGAGCCUGCCUGUUCGGGGGCCGACGCACUGGCUGUCGGUGUGUUGUGUGGAAUCUUUUGUGAGGAAAUGUCGAUCUUCUGCAUGAUCCUUCUUCUUCUUCUUCGAUCGGUGGGGAAUUCACUCAAGACGUACGAGCUGUUUUGCACUAAUUCGGACCAUUUCGUGACUUUCAGACUAUCUCAUGACUUUCCGGCUAUCCUGCCGCAUUUUUGGUGUUUGUUUUACUUCUACGCACGCACGCGGUUUUCAAUGGAAAAACGGAACGCGGUUGUCGACGGGACGUGCCGAUUUUACCUAUCAUAUUGAGAUUUUAAAAGAAGUGUAGGAAGGCGUUUUAACUAUCUUGAUGUAUUAGUUAGUCAAGGGGGAUAUGGGUUUGAAGUUUAGAUACACACACCCUUGCUUGAAAUUAACAGAUAGAUUUGAAGUAUUUUGGAGUAAAAAGAGAAUGUAUUUUGGUGAAGUUAACGAAGUUAGUAGCUCGGUGGGCGAUAUCUUCCACACCUGUUUCCCCCCUCGGUAUUAUUUUUGUUGAUCCAUGUAGUCGUGUAAGUUAUGUGCAGCUUUGUGUGUGUCUUCUUUUACGAAUCUUGUGCUGGAAUGUCGACUUUCUUGGGCGGACUAUCAGCACUUAAUGCCAUUUUUGACUUUUCUUGUGUACAUAAUCUGCCAGUUUCAAAGCUCGUGUCUUUAUCGAAAAAAGCGAGGGGUCCACCAUUCAGCUCAGAAGUGUACACACGAUUACUGAUUAACAGUGAUUACCCAAAAAAAUUCUCAUAAAACUCUAAAAUUUCGGCCAGUUAGGAUCAUUUCUUGCCUAUUUUCAUAAGAAAAAUCCCCAAAGACCGAUAAAAACAGCGAAAUCGUUAAGUUUUGGCAUGUGAUUUCUAGUGAUUACUAGACGAAGUGUACACACGAUUACCAGAGUGGGGCACCCCUCGAAAAAAAGUUGUUAAUUGUUGUGAUAUAAGUUUAGAAUCUCACAACGAGCCAGAUAUAUAUUAUAUUAUUCUACGUUAUUUUUGUACAAAGUAAACUUCCGACGGUGGAUCUUGAAGAGGUAAGGCAGGGUCAGAUUAAACCACAACUUAUAUUGAAUUACCAAAUGGAGAGACGAACCACCUUGAGAGUGUCAGUAAUAGGCGACGGCGAGUCUCGCGAAACGGGUCCCAAGCUGCUCCAGACCGGCAGUCGGUUGCAAGCCGAGCGCCCAGCGAGCAGACAGAGAGGUUCGACCCUCGGCCUCGGCCCGACCCUCGGCCCGACCCUCGGCCCGACCCUCGGCCCGACCCCACUGCUGCUGUGGGAUGGCUGCACCGGCUUGCACCUGGCUGCACCCUUCGGAUGCGGACGCGCGCUCACCUGCCCGAUGAAGGCGACCACCUGUCAAUGGAGAGAUAGGCCACGCGCUCGGCCGCUGGAGCGCCUGUCAAUGGGGGGAUAGGCCACGCGCUCCACACCCACGCGCGGCGCUCCGCAGCAUUGCCUACCCUGCCCGGGGCUCCGACAGGCACAAGGCCUGUCUCGAGUCCAGUUUGGUUGGCUAUUUACUCGAUUUUUUGUGUGUGUUCGGUGUCUAUUUUUAGGGUGGUCCUAGUUGAAUAAUAACGUAAAAUACCUGCCUUGGUUCGGCUGUAACACAGGGGAAAAACGAGGCCAUUGCCAUUACCCCAAGCAUAAGCGGAGAAGCACUGGAACUCUGUCGUUUUGAGCCGAGAACCCUGGUGCCCUGCUGGGCGUAACUUUCUGACCACCCUGUAGAGUACAUUCUAUUUGGACAAUACUGUCCAACUCUCUAGGAAGUCUUCGGCGUUUGGCGCACCGGGAACCCCUUCCUCCUGUCUGCCAGGCAAGGCCUAUGGUGAGCUUCACGCUUAUUCGGUGUUUUUUUUCUUCUACUCUGCCGUGCUCUUGUCUUCGGGGACGUGACAUUACAAAUUGUGGGCUGGAGCGAAUCAAGACCAGAGAAUGUGUAUUUGUGACAGGUUAGUCCCUACGCUUAUUUAUAAGGAUCCGCGCUGUACCUGGUAAAUAGUACCUAUCGGAUACAAAUGGAGAGCCUCCCUUCCUUCCUUCCUUUCCCAACAUGACAAUAUUAGUUAUUUGAAAAAUAUGAAUGUGGAUAAUCUAGUCUUUACUGUAACGGCGUACUUCGAUAGACGAGGGGGCAACCACGUUCGAUAUUUGGGGACACAAGAUUUUUUGAAGAGAAGAGAAGAUUUUGUCGAAUUUCGCAAGAUUUUGUCCAAUCGUACGAAUCUGCCGGUUGUUUUUUUUUUUGUCAUUUUAAGGGAAAGGUUUUGGAUUUCCACGUAUUUCAAGGGCUCGAAGGGGAAUAGGAUUUUUCAAGUGGUUGCCCCCUCGAUGAUAGGUGUAAUCAAGUAAAUUAUGUGCUUCUUCGGAUAAUAUAGAGUUAAAUGUGAUCUUUUAUUUUUCUUUAGACAUCUUUGAGCGCCAUGAGAAUUGAUGGCUGAGGCUAAGGCUACUAUUGCAUAUGCAUAUCUACUUAUUGUCUAUCAUUAAACUUAAAUUUUAUGGUCAAAAAUUUUAUUCUUCCUUUUAAAUGUUAUCGAUGUGAAAGUUUGAAUUGAUGUUAGUUGCGCUGUAUGUAUCGUAUCUGUGAGUGAAAUACAUAUUU